GGCUGCGCUCCCACAGCGUGACAUUCACGUGUCUCCUCAGCAGUCCGUGCUUUCAUACAGGGCCUUUCUCUGUGGGGGAUUGGUCACGUUUUGGAGUUGCUGAAGCGCGCCGACAUCGGAGUAGUGAUUUGUCCGAGCGCCCGUGAAGACAUCGUAGCUCCAUCACCUCAACUUUGUUUCUGUUCCUCCGGUUGAGCGUCGCGAGCCGCCGCCAGCAGGACGAACCGAGCAGAACCCGACCGAGCCGCCAGCAGGACGAGCCGAGCAGAACCCGACCGAGCCGCCAGCAGGACGAGCCGAGCAGAACCCGACCGAGCCGCCAGCAGACAGACAAAGCAGUGAGAGCAGGAAGCAGCAUGAGGCUGGCUCUUCUUCGCAGCGCCUGUGGGAGUCUUCGGGGACAAGCAGCCCGUCCAGGAAGCAGGCUCGUCGGCUCCUCUCGGAGAUGCCUGCCGGUUGGAGCUACCGACCGCCGGCUGAUCCUCCGGACGGUGAGCGGGACCUCCAGCAGCGGCUCCAGCCAGAAGCUCACCGUGGACCUCGGCAAGCAGCCCGAGGAGGAGGACGGGUCUGGAUGCGGCAGCUCAGUGAGUGAAGUGGUCCAGAGCACUAAGGAGGCCCUGGUGACCCUGCAGAGAAGAAAUCCAGCAGUCCAGCCUGUGCUGGCCAUUCUACAGGCAGGUGAAGAUGACAGCGUGUUGGAGGUCAGUAAGAAGAUGGCAGGAAAGAUUGGUUUGGACGUCACUCAGAUCUGUCUGGCAAAGGAAUGCAGCGAAGACGAAAUUGUAAAGGAGCUGCUGAAGCUGAACGAUGACCCCAGGGUGCAUGGCGUCUACCUCCACCUCCCUCCGGCUUCCCUCACCAGCCGAGUGCUCAACACGCUCAGACCUGAGAAGGACGUAGACGGGAUCACAGAUCUGAAUAUGGGCCGCCUGGUGCGAGGAGACCUGAGCAAAGGCUUUGUGCCGCCUGUAGCCAGCGCUGUUUUGGAUCUGCUUGAGAAACACGACGCCCCUCUGGAAGGGAAGACUGUGUUGCUGGUUGGAGGAGAAGGACCCCUCUGCUUGACCCUGCAGUGCCUGAUUGAAAGAAGUGGGAUGGUAGCUCUGAAGAGCCGCUGGAACGCCGACAACCUGCAGAGACAGGUGAUGCAGGCUGAUGCUGUGGUCCUGCUGGAUGGAGCAAACGUGGAGAUUCCACCCACCUGGAUUCGACCGGGGGCUGCUAUCAUUUGCUGUGAGCCCACCUUGGACACAGAUACCUUCGGCCUGUCGUCCAAGUCUGGACUGGGACACCUCACAGCUGCAUACAGAACACAGAAUGUGGUGCGUAGCUGCAGUCGGUGGCUCCAGGAGCAGCAGUACCGAGCCUGGUGUCUGCACAGCCUCAGACUGCAGCCGCUAACGCCGGUACCGAGUGACAUCGAGAUAUCCAGAGCUCAGACGCCCAAACCAGUGACUCAGCUGGCCGAGGAGAUUGGUCUGCUGCCAGAAGAGCUGGAAGCUUACGGCAGGAACAAAGCUAAGGUCCGGCUCUCCCUGUUAGAUCGCCUCCACGCGCAGCCUGAUGGCAAAUACGUGCUGGUAGCCGGCAUCACUCCCACUCCACUGGGUGAAGGUAAAAGCACCGUGACCAUCGGCCUGGUCCAGGCCAUGUCUGCCCACCUGAAGCGCAACUCCUUCGCCUGCCUCCGCCAGCCGUCUCAAGGACCCACCUUUGGAGUUAAAGGGGGAGCUGCAGGAGGGGGGUAUGCCCAGGUCAUCCCUAUGGAGGAGUUCAACCUCCAUUUGACAGGUGACAUUCACGCCAUCACAGCAGCCAAUAACUUGGUGGCUGCAGCCGUCGAUGCCAGGAUGCUCCACGAGGCCACGCAGUCCGACAAGGGCCUGUUUAGUAGGCUGGUCCCUGCAGUGAAUGGAGUCAGAAGAUUCUCACCCAUCCAGAUCUCCAGGCUACACCGUCUUGGCAUCUUUAAAACAGACCCCGCAGCUCUCUCACCGCAAGAAACCAGCGCCUUUGUCCGUCUUGAUCUUGACCCGUCGAAGAUCACCUGGCAGAGAGUUGUUGAUACCAACGACCGUUUCUUGAGGAAGAUCACAGUGGGACAGGCGAGCACUGAGAAAGGACAGAUCAGGGAGACGGGGUUUGACAUCGCAGUGGCCAGCGAGAUCAUGGCCAUCCUGGCUCUGGCAGACGGCCUGGAGGACAUGAAGAACCGCCUGGCCCGCAUGGUGGUGGGGACCAGCCGCUCCGGACAGCCCGUCACCGCAGAGGACCUCGGUGUGAGCGGAGCGCUGGCCGUGCUCAUGAAAGAUGCCAUCAAGCCCACGUUAAUGCAGACCCUUGAGGGUUCGCCAGUGUUUGUCCAUGCUGGGCCCUUCGCCAACAUCGCCCAUGGCAACUCCUCGGUGCUGGCAGACAAGCUGGCUUUGAAGUUGGUGGGACGGGACGGCUUUGUGGUGACUGAAGCAGGCUUUGGAGCAGACAUCGGGAUGGAGAAGUUCUUCAACAUCAAAUGUCGAGCUUCAGGUUUGAGGCCCGAUGCAGUGGUGCUGGUUGCAACAGUUCGAGCGCUGAAGAUGCAUGGUGGCGGCCCAAAUGUGUCAGCAGGCGCACCUCUUCCCAGAGAGUACAUCGAUGAGAACCUCAGCCUGGUUGCAGGAGGCUGCCGUAGUAAUCUCAGGAAGCAGAUCCAGAUUGCACACCUGUUCGGGGUUCCAGUCGUGGUCGCAGUCAACGUCUUCAAGACAGACACCCAGGCAGAGGUUGACCUUGUGUGUGAAAUAGCGAAGGAGUGUGGAGCGUCUGACGCUGUGCCCUGUCACCACUGGGCUCAGGGUGGCCGAGGUUCUGUAGAGCUGGCCAAGGCUGUGACCGAGGCCACAAGCAGACCCAACAACUUCCAGUUUCUGUACAGCGCAGAGAUGCCGAUAGUGGAGAAAAUCAGAACAAUAGCCCAGAAAGUGUACGGAGCUGAUGACAUAGAGCUGUCUCCAGAGGCCAGGACCAAGACAGACUACUACAGUCAACAGGGCUACGGAUCAUUACCCAUCUGCAUGGCCAAGACCCACCUGUCUCUGUCCCACAUGCCCGACAGGAAGGGUGCACCCACUGGAUUUGUUCUGCCAAUCAGAGACGUCCGGGCCAGCAUCGGGGCCGGCUUCAUCUACCCACUUGUUGGAACGAUGAGCACGAUGCCCGGCCUGCCGACCCGACCUUGUUUCUACGACAUUGACCUUGACCCGGUCACGGAGGAGAUCACAGGGCUCUUCUGAGCAUGCUCCCUAGCGGCGCUGUCAUGGGCUCUCGGCUCGGUUCCCAGGAUGCACCGUCUGAUGUCCCCGACACCUCUACUGGGAAUGCUUCCUCCUCUUCAGCAGCCCGACACGCCUCACAUCAGAAUAACAUGUUCUGAGUGGAGAAAACCACCAGUGGAGCAUUAGCUGUAUGCUUUAUUUGCACAUCUAUGUGAUCUGCCAAAGAUGAUGCUAAACAUCCCACAUGCUGUGUGUGUGCUUCUGACCUCCCUGUUCUGGGUUUUCUAUGAAUGGGGGAGUCAGUCUGCUUGACUUUUACGUUAUUGUUGUGUUUUCAUAAACUUCUUACGUAGAAAAAACUUGCUAGAAUGUCUUAAUGAUGGUCCUACACUUUCUAUGUGUCAUGGGGUUUUUAACUGGAAUGUGAACGAAGCUGCUGGCGAGCGCACAAGAAGCUGUUCUGGUGUUUCAGCUCCAGUGUUCUGACCCGUUGGAGCUGCUGAAUGUCAGAGCUGCUGUACAUUCACUGGACAACCUGACAAGUUCCAUUCAUCAACUCCAAGCUGUUUUUAAAUGUUAUCUUUCACAUUUGUAUGGUGCAGGUAUGAAUCCAGUCUGUUCCUUUAUCUAAUCUGUCAUUUGUAGAGCAGAAAGUGUUGAAGCCACCCAGAUCCUCAGCAGCCUCAGUUGUUCUGCCCAUUUCUUCAAUAGUACCUCUUCCUUUUUUAUAUAUCUAACCAAAAGCUGAUGCCUCUAGAAGUAGUUUUAGACUUAACCUACAGUCAGAGUUUUACUUUUUAAUCCAACAUUGGAUUCAAAAGCUAACGAGGUCUGUAACCGUUUAGUUGUCUGUCAAAGUGCCUUUCAAAUAAACAUUUAAAUGCCUCCAAAA